UGGCGACCAUUGGUCAGUGGGAACGAGUGGCAAAUAUCUGAAAGGACGAACGUCAAGAAAGUCUGAAAUUCGAUCUAUAGAGAGAUAAAAAGAAUCAGAUUUCAAGAAGAAGAAGAAGAAGUGACUUUCGCGUUUGAUCUUGAAAGACUCAAAUGAAUCCUCAAGCUGUUUCGUGUAGCUUCGGCUUCGUUUCUGCUCCACUUGUCUCUCCCAGAAGAACAUCCCGAUUUGUUAUCCACGCCAAGUCGGAACCAUCGGAGAAAUCAGUGGAGAUAAUGAGGAAGUUCUCGGAGCAGUACGCUCGUCGCUCUGGGACUUACUUCUGUGUUGACAAAGGUGUUACUUCUGUCGUCAUCAAGGGUUUGGCUGAGCAUAAAGAUUCGUACGGUGCACCGCUUUGUCCUUGCAGACAUUAUGAUGAUAAAGCUGCUGAGGUUGGACAGGGCUUUUGGAACUGUCCUUGUGUUCCCAUGAGAGAGAGGAAGGAGUGCCAUUGUAUGCUUUUCUUAACUCCUGACAAUGAUUUCGCUGGGAAAGAUCAGACUAUUACCUCAGAGGAAAUCAAAGAAACAACAGCUCACAUGUGAGAAGAACUGAUUCAGAGAGAAAUGUAUCAUCAAUGCAUCCCUGUAAAUUGAUACCUCCAUCGUCUUCUUCUCCGUUCUUCUGUACAACUAUUUCCCUUCUCAGAUAAAUACUUUAGUAUGAUCUUGUUUUUUUUUUUGCAAAUGAUUACAAUACAAUAAUAUAAAAAAUGAUAUGACUUUAUGCCGAA